AUGGCGGCACUGUUCGCCCUUUUCCUGACUUUGCUGGCCGCAAGAUGGAGUCUUGCGGUGUCGGCCAGCACGACUCACUCAUUUUCAAAUACAACCAAGCUUGAAUAUUAUCCCCAGCCGCCGCCGCCGUACAUGGUGGACAACCAGCACAACUACUACCAUACAGCGCCCGACAAGGGCAAGCAGGAUGGCCCGGUUUGGGCUUACUCGGGGAGCCUGGACGGGUACUUGACCAAUCUUCGGAGCGGUGUCGUCCUGCGCGGCGGUCACGCCGGGUCCAACAGCAUCCAGCGGACGAAAUUCGACUCCGCCAACAAAAAACGGCAGUCGUCGUCCAACUUCUGGCUUACCAGCCUAGGACCUCUGGGAACGCAGCCGCAUGCCGGCGGAGACAGCUACCAGUUCUUCCGCAACGUCGUGGACGACUUCGGCGCCGACAACACGGGAGAGUCGGACGCGACCGAAGCCCUCAACGCGGCGUCGGCCAGCUGGAACAAGGACUCGGUGGGUGGAUCGCGGGAGCGAUGCGGCAAGGACUGCGGCAACACGUUCUCGCAGGGCGCCAUCGUCUUCUUCCCGGGGGGCACCUACAAGAUCUGCACCCCCGUGAUCCAGUACUACUACACCCAGUUCGUCGGGGACCCGAACGACAUGCCCGUCAUCAAGGGCUGCGACAAGUUCAGGGGCAUCGCCCUAAUCGACGUGGAUCCCUACAAGCCCGGCGAGUCCGGGGCCCAGUGGUAUAUCAACCAAAACCAGUUCUUCCGCCAGAUCCGGAACUUCCGCUUCGAUCUCACCGAGAUGCCCCUGUCGACGGAAGAUAAUGACCAGCCCCUCGUGCCGACGGGCAUCCACUGGCAGGUGGCCCAGGCCACGUCGCUGCAGAACCUAGUGUUCGAGAUGCCCACUACGAGCACCACGACCCACGUCGGCAUCUUUUCGGAAAACGGCAGCGGCGGCUUUGUGUCCGAUCUUGAAUUUAACGGCGGGAACAUCGGCUGGCGCGCCGGCUCGCAGCAGUAUACGGCGCGGAACCUGGUCUUCAACCAGUGUAACACGGCCGUGCAGAUGGUCUGGGACUGGGGCUGGAACUGGCAGCAGAUCACUGUGAACGGCGGUUCCAUCGCCUUUAAUAUUUCCGGGGUGGGCGGCGAUACGGGCCAGGGCAUCGGUAGCGUGUCCAUUAUCGAUUCCACCAUCAGCAACGUCGAGGUUGGCGUUCUGACAAACAACCUCGCUACCUCGCCCAACAUCGUUCUCGACAACACCAGGUUCGAGAACGUGGCAAACCCGGUCAAGGCCGAGGGCGGCAGCAACUUGCUGUCGGGGAACUCGGAUCUGUGGGCCACGGGCAGACGAUAUAAUGGCUCCGAAGGCUCCAUGGAGACAGGCGCCGUAACAGCCCCGGGGAGGGGCAAGGGCCUGAAUGAUCCCGAUGGCAAGUUGUACGUGCGCUCUCGACCGCAGUACGAGGGGCAUAGCGUCGGGUCGUUUCUGAUUGCGACCACGGAUGGUGGAUGUCAGAACGACGCUACCGGCGACCAGGCGUCUUGCAUCAACUCCUUUCUCCGCCGUGCCUUGGACGAGGGCAAAAUCGCCUACUUCCCAGCCGGCGUCUACGCCGUAGGAUCCACGGUAAACAUCCCGACCGGCUCCAUAGUGCAGGGCUCUCUCUGGUCACAGAUCCUGGGAUCCGGCUUCUACUUUAGUGAUAUGAAGAACCCCAAGGUUAUGGUCCAGGUUGGCAACAAAGGUGACAUCGGCGAGAUGCAGAUCACUGAGAUGCUAUUCUCGGUACGCGGCGCUACGGCCGGCGCCAUCCUGAUGGAGUGGAACGUAGCAGCCGCGUCGCAGGGCGCGGCGGCCAUGUGGGACUCUCACUUCCGCGUCGGCGGGGCAAUAGGUACCGAUCUCGACCUCAGCAAAUGUCCCAAGUUCAGCAACAACGCCGACUGCAUCGCCGCCUCGCUCCUCUUCCGCGUAACGUCCCAGGCAAACGGGUACUUUGAGAAUGUAUGGGCGUGGGUGGCCGACCACGACAACGACGCCUCCAUCGUCAACAAGCCCGACUCCAGCUCGACGCAGAUCUCCAUCUUCGGCGCCCGCGGCAUGCUUAUCGAGUCCGAGGGCCCGUCAUGGUUCUACGGCGGUGGCUCCGAACACUGCGUACUGUACAAUUAUCUCAUCAGCGGGGCCGAGAGCGUGUAUAUGGGCCAUAUUCAGACCGAGUCGCCCUAUUACCAGCCCAACCCUCACCCGCCCGAGCCUUUCCGCGCCGCCGCCUCGCUCGCCGGCUUUCCCAACGACCCGGACUUUAGCGAGUGCGAAGUAGCGCCGGACGUGUGGGAUGACCGAUGCAACUAUGCCUGGGGCAUGCGCAUCAUUGACUCCAAAGAUGUCAUGAUCCACUCGGCCGGGUUGUACAGCUUCUUCAACGAGUAUUAUCAGGACUGUGUACCUACCAACAACUGCCAGGACCACAUCUUAGAGGUCAAGGGCUCGACCGGCGUCGUCAUCUACAACCUGUUUACUGUGGCAACCGUGAACAUAGCCAGUGGCAUCGACAAGACGGAAGUCCCACAGGAUGAAAACCAGCGGGGGUUUACCACCGAGGUCAGCGUGUGGGUGCCGCUUCCCGGGUCUGACAACGUCGACAAAGUGUGGGUUGGCACCGAGAUCUGGACCGCGACCACGGUGAGCUGCCCUGUCCAGACCCGUGCCUGCAUGCUGAUUCUUCCAACGAGCUCGUUGGGGUCGACAACCACAAUCCGACCCAGCAGCUUCACGACCUCACUGGAGUAUGGAGGUAUCUCGAGCACCACCAUUGGCGACGUUCCGACAACCGUCUUCGUCACCUCCACCACCACCGUGACCCUCUCGCUGCCCCCCAUUACCACGGACGGGAUUCCCUUCUCCAACGUGAAUGUGACGGGGUCGGGAGAAACAGUCAUUGUCGCUUAUCCUAGUGUGGAAGUCCCACCCGUUGUUGUCACGUUGCCGGACGGGGAGGGCGGCGAGACGACUCGAAUCGUUUCUCUUCCACCUUGGCCCCUGAUCGACGGAGGUCCCUCAACCAUAUUCACAGACCCAGGCACCCUGCCAUCCCCCUCCGACGGGGAACUUCCCACUAGCACGACGUACUUCACUCCCGUCCGUAGCACCAUCACGGUGACCAGCGCCACGUGCUCACAUUCCUCGGGCCCGCCACGGCCGGGGCCGCCACCCAUCAACAUCAUCCACCCACCGCCCGGCGUCACGAUCCGCGGAACGCUGCCGCCUUGGCCGCGCAUCACCAUCGGGCGGGAUCACCGCAUCACGACCGAGUCGGAGCCAGAUGAUUGCGAGACCCAGACGGCCGAAGCUUGUACUACCACCGACUUCGUGUCGGACGGCACGACGACGUCUUCGACUACGCUGUGCGAGACCAUCACCGGCUGCUCCCUCAGCGUCGAAGACUCGUCCACCGCCGUCUUCGGCAGCCAGACCGCCGCGCCCAUCGGCGCUUUCAAUGAUGAGUCGUGGGCGACCAUGACGCUCGGCGACGAUUACACUAACUCGGUCUUCGCCGCCCUCGAGUCCCGCCUGGCCAGAGAGGAGGCCAGCGGCGGCGGCACCACCCUGUCCUUCACCCCCGGCCCCACUGCGGGGCCGACGUGUGGCGGCGGCGACACCACGGCCUGCGGCGGCACCAUCUGCUCCGGCUACUGGUGCACUCCGGACCCGACGGGCCCGCCACCGGGGUUCAAGGACCCGAAAGACCCGAAUUCCAAGGACUACUCGGCGCCAACGACCACCAUCGGGACAACGACGACGGACGACAAACCGCCGCCGACCAACGACCCCGUGACGCCGCUAACGCGCGGCCCCAUCAACUGCUUCAACGAGGACGACUUCCCGGGCCACGCCGACCUCCAGUCGGGCGACCAGGAUGAUUUCUCCGAGGAGUUCAGCAACCUGCGGACCCAGAUGGGCGACAACGACCUGCUCGGGCCGGACGACCCGCCGGUCAGACUGCGCCGUGUAGACACGCACGGGGUCAACUACGAUUUCUCUUGCAGCUGGGUUCCGGGGUGCAAGACCACUGUUGAAAAGCAGAGUUUCGGGUUCCCAAUCGGGUCGCCUAGCGCCAUCACGGCCUACUUGCUCGUUCGGGAGGAUUUUACCAAGUGCAACAAUGGAGGUGUUGGUGGCUCGUGCCAGGCUGGAUGCCUAUUGUACACAUUUGAGGGCGGGCGAGGCGGUUUGCCCGAUGUCUGCAACGCCUUCGACUUGUCCUUGGAUCGGGUCGCAACGCCAGUAUAG